UACAAUUGCACAAUACAUGUUUGAAAUAUUAUUGAUCAAAAUUCUCAUUCUUUAAUUCUCUCACUUUCAAUGUAUGUGCUCUUACAAAUAUAUUAUACUAACACACACACAACACACGAAAUUUGGAAAUAAGAAUGUUACGGAGAGAAUUUAUUCAUCUCGUAUUAUGAAAUUAUCAAAUUUUUUAAACAUGCUAAUCAAUGCAUGCACAAUGAAAUGCAAGACUCGCUUUUGCUUGUUUUUAUAUAUUAGUUUAGCUUUUAAAAGCGUGUGGCGCGGCAUCCCCACUACGCGACGGGCCCAGAAUGACGCGGUAGAAGGGAGUAAAAUCUUCCAACACGCAUACGUGUGGGACUAUAUGUGUGUGUUGACAGAAUGGUGCUGUGUCCUGUGUGCAUCGAAGAAUUCGAAACAUUAAUGUAGUCGGGUAGUCACUUCGAUGAUUCAUACACAUUCGCGUAUGUCAAACGAAGAGAUAAGUUAAAGAUAAGAGUUGCCUUGCAAUCGUGCCUUUUUAUGCCGAAAAAUGGAGGAGGAAAUGACAAAUCAUCCAAAGUGGUUGUUGGACUUGGAAAAUCGUAAGCGAAAGCCACGUUUAGCGCACGAAGCUGGAGCUGGUGCACCAUGUACAAAUUGUAAUUCCGCUUGUCCCGGUCUUGAGCUUCAUUUCUGGCGAAAAAUUUGCAAGAACUGUAAAUGUGGUCGAGACGAUCACGAUGUCGAUCACGAUGAAUUUCCACAGUUUGAUUUGUUAUUUGGACAAAGUGGAAAGUUUAAAAAGAAGUCUAUGCGUUUGCAUGUAAAUAAUAAAAAACAAAACAAUGGUGAAACUACAUUCGACUGGGUGCCACCAGAUGCAACUAAAGAACUCGUUGUGGAUUAUAUGAAAGCUUUGCCUGUUGAGAAAUUGCCGAUUAAAGGAUCCAUUGGCGCUGUUUUGAGAAGGCAGUUAUUACAGAAACAAUUACCACUUCAUGAUAUCGAUUAUAAAGUUUGUGAUCAACUUAGCGAACAAGAGCAGAAACAGUUUGAACAAUAUUUAGAGAACAUAAAGAAAUAUGUAGGACAAGGCAAAGUGAUAAAGAUGUUGGCUGCUCGCCCAUUCGAUUGUUCUCUUAUAACACCUGUCAAUGCAACUGAUAUGCAACUGAUAUGCAGUCCACAGCAUAAAUCUCGUAUACUUUCCACUGGUGUUCAAUUACGUACACCAAGUAGUUUUGCCACAAAAGGUCCAUACACGAGGCAACCAUAUGAUAUUCAAAAUAAACAAGAUGUUGCUGCAGCCAUAAAUAACAAUGAGGUAUCUAAUACAGAAGAAUAUAAUUGUAUAUUAGACAAUGUGUCUGCCAGUAGCAAUAUCGCGAGAUCGCAACCAAUCGAAGGAAAAUUGAUUCCUGAGAAUUUUCAAUCUGCACAUGACAUCGUAUCAGUAAAUGAAAAAAAAGGUACAAGUGAAAGAAUAGUUAACUCUUCGAUACUUUCCCAUUUUCCUGAGCAAGAAAUUGUAUCCGUUUGCGAAAAGCAUACUUCUGAAAAUUAUGCACCUUACGGAGAAGAUGCUUUCGAGGGACGCAGAGAAACGCUAAACAAUGCCAUGCAGUGCUAUACGCGCGCGAUUGCGUCGCAUCCUGAUGCUAAUGACGAAACAGCUUUUAUUCAUGCGGAAUCCAUGUUGGCGGAUGCGCUUCUUCCGCCCAGUGCGAUACACGCUAACGACAUUAUCGGAAGUACUUUGGACGCGAAAGGAUUAACAUUUAUAAGAGAAAAGCUCGCUGAUAAAUAUAGCUUCGCGGAAAAUCCAGCGAUGCGUGUCGUUUCUAAAUCGUACCGACCGUUAGACCGUGCGACCGAUAUAUUAGCAAGAGAGAAUAACAAUUCCGCGAAUAUCGGGGAUAAAUAUUUUCUUACAUUGAAUUCGUCGACGCAAACUCCAGAUUCACAAAAUCCAAUCGAUGCAAGAGCCAACCCGUUACAAGUUGAGUUGAGCAGCUCGAGACUAGAAUCUACGUUCGUCGCACAUUCCGAACAGUUGCAAAAUCAAGUAUUUCCUUAUAUUGUCGGAGCUUUCAACGAACAACGCGAAAAACAAUGUACGCAAGAUUGCCUGAACGAUGGCAUUGAGAAUUUAAAGAUAGAUUCGACGAAGGUGCACAAGUGCGAAAAAUGCCACGAGGAUAUAAGUAUCGACGACGUAAUUGUAAUCGCGGAGAAAGCUAAUAACGCGUCCUGGCAUCCUGGCUGUUUCGUUUGUUCGGUAUGUAACGAAUUGUUGGCGGAUCUCGUAUAUUUUUAUUAUAAGAACAAGUUAUAUUGCGGAAGAGACUUGGCCACAUUUCUAGGAAUUCCUCGAUGUUUCGCUUGUGAUGAGCUGAUCUUUGUACGGGAAUACACGGUUGCAGAGGGGCACAAUUAUCAUAUCAAGCAUUUUUGUUGCUGGGAUUGUGAUAUACCAUUGGCUGGGCAACAAUAUAUUACCGAGAAUGAUCGACCAUUGUGUCUUCCUUGUUAUAAAAAAUCAUACGCAAAAACAUGCGCUGCCUGUAACGUAGUGAUUGCCGCUGAUCAACAAGGAGUAGCGAUCAAAAAUUUAAAUUUUCAUGCAACUCAAGUCUGUUUUUGCUGUUACAGCUGUAAGAAAAACUUAUUAAACGGCAGAAUGGCGAUAAAGAAAGAUAAAUUGUUUUGCAGUAAAGAAUGUAUCGCAAAGUUUUUCAACUAAUAAAUUAAUAUAUAAUAGUCAAAAAGUUGAGCUCUACUAUUUUUCGAUAUUUUGUUAGACAGAAAAUAUGAUUAUGUAAGUACGUUACAAGACUGUAAGAAACAUGAAGUAUCAAAACGUGCCAUUAAUCAUUAAUAGAGUUUACAAAACUGAAAUCAGAAUGAUUAAAUAUAUUUCAAGUAUUAUAUGCGUAAUUCGCUGUAUAUACAUAUUUUAACGAUUAAUAUACAUGUGUGCGCGUGUGCGUGCGUUGUGUUGUGCAUUCACCGACGGAUUCUGGGGGUGAGGAGGGGGGAUUUGGGCUUAAACCCCCUCUUCCAAAUUGAAUGAAAUUAAUCUUAUUAAAUGUUUAAAAAAUUUAGAUAAAAUGAUGCAUUAAAUUAAUGCAGACGUCUGUAUAUCAAAUUCUUACGCAGGAUUCACUGCGUCUGACGUAUAUGAUGAUAUACGAUCCCCUCCGUAUCCCUUAUUGACUGUCAAUAUCAGGAUUCGCUAAUGUGUGUAUAUGUGUAUAUUAUACUAUGUACUCGAGACGAAAUAUUGUAUGUAAUAUUAUAUAACAAAAAAUGUCAAUGCUAUGUAUGAGAUUUUUUGAAAUCAAUUUAUCAAUUAUAAGCAAACUACAAUUUUGCUGCGACAUCGAAAAUAACUUUUUAACUAAUUUUUCAUUAGUCGUUUUAAUUGGUAUGUCCAUUUACGAAAGGGAACUUGAAUUUUGAUUUCAGCAUUUGAUGGCUGAGAAAAAUAAUAGAAAUAAAUUUAAUUUUUUGUUUGCAUUUUUAUGUAAUAGGUAUUUGAAGAUAAAAAACAGGAAAUAAGUUUACACGACCAAUGCUUAAACAAAGUUAGAAUUUAAAUUACGUCUUAUUAAUUGAAACUGCAUGUAGGUUUGAUGAAAAAUAAAUUACUCUACAAUUACUAUAAAUUAUUCACAUAUUUAUUACGAGUACGUACAGAUCUAUGUGCUACUGGUUAAUUUUUAAUAUUUAAAAACAUAGCGUUAUGCUUUUCAUUUAAGCAAAACACUACUUAGCUCAAUCAUUAAUUGACAACGUAAAUUUAACAGCUUUUCUUGUUCCAUCUCUUCAAUUUUUUUCUUCACAUUUACGUAUAUGAUAAAAUUUAUCAUCACUUGUAACGGAUGUAAGCGUUAUACAAAUUCUGAAAAUUUUCUUUGUGUACGAGCUAUCAGUAAUUUACUUCAAAUUUACUAGGAAUAACGAGCCAA